AUGAGCAAUGCAACCGGAGGUCCAGAUUUCGUAAAGAAGCUCUUCAAAAUGCUUGAAGAUGAAUCGUAUAGUGACAAAGUUUCUUGGGGUGUAAAUGGUGACAGCUUCGUCGUCAAGGAAAUUGAUGCAUUCACAAAGACAAUAUUGCCACGACAUUUCAAACACUCAAAUUUUGCUAGUUUCGUUCGACAACUCAACAAAUACGACUUUCAUAAAAUAAGAAACUCUGAUGACUCGAACGCUCCAUACGGUGAACAGGCAUGGGAAUUUCGACAUCCAAAAUUUCAAUGCGAUAAAAGAGAUCAACUCGAUAACAUCAAAAGAAAAACACCAGCCGGACGUAAAAAUACUACGCAAAAUCCAACUACCGAACCUCCCACCAAUCCACACUUGAAUGAACUACAAUCGCAAGUCAGUACGCUGACAAAACUUCAAAGUAAUAUGAACAACCAUUUGCACGCAUUGAGUAAGAAUUAUCAUACUGUGGUGCAAGAUCUAUUGAAUUUCCAAAAGAACAUGGUUGCCCAAGAUCAAUUAAUGCAGAAUCUCGUUCAAUAUCUGGUCACCCAAGAAGCAGAAGAAAAGUCUGGUAGCUCUGUGGUGCUGAACAACAACAAAUCAUACCAAGCAACGACAUCAUCUGAAAGUUCGGCUCCGUUUAUUCCAUCUGAACAAGCACAAAAACUUAUAAAUUCGUACGCAGAAGUUGCACGUGCAUCUUUUGAUCAAAUGAGCGAAAUCUCGAGACGGGCGCAACAAUCGUUCAAUCAACUCGGUGCUGAUAAUAGUGGCAAUGUAAAUCAAGUCGGUGGAUUUUCUUCCUCAAAUUCUCCGAUUACUCCUCCACCAGAUAUCACGGCCUUGGAUGCUAUGCCGGAUAACAACAAUGUCUAUGCACGGAAUUCCACUGAUAUUGGAUUUAGCGGCAAUCACACUGAUAAUGGAUUAACGGUGGUCACCGUUGGUCAUUUGGCUCCAAGACAACAAACUCAAUCUGUAUCACUUUCUGAUAAUCUCGCGACAGCAUCCACUAACACUAAUAUUAACUCGACAACAUCACAUAUGCCACACAUCGACAAUACAUUGGCUCAACGCAAUUCAAAAACUUUACGUGUUCGACGUUCUACUUUUGUUCCCGUGUGGUCGGUUCCACCCAAAGUCUUAUUAGUGGAAGAUGAUGCAGUUUAUCAACGAAUCGGAUCGAAGUUUUUGCAAAUUUUUGGAUGUUCAUUCGACAUCGCUGCUGAUGGAAUAACAGCAGUCGAUAAAAUGAACUUAGAAAAAUAUGAUCUAGUGUUGAUGGAUAUUGUCCUUCCAGAUUUGGACGGAGUGGAAGCAACAAAUCAAAUACGACGAUUUGAUACAAAUACGCCAAUCAUUAGCAUGACUUCAAAUAUCAGUGCACAAGAUUGUUAUAAUUAUUUUUCACACGGAAUGACCGAUAUUUUGGCGAAACCGUUCACUCAAAAUCAUCUACUCACAAUGUUGGAAAGAUAUUGCGUACAUCUUAAAGCUAUGCCUAAUUUCCAAGAAAUUCCGCGACCAUUAAGUCUUUCCGGCAGACUUGUUCAAAAUAGUGAUUCGUGGGUUCCAUCUCAAUUCACAGUCGCAUCGAUGUGCGGUGAGGAAUACAUGAAUGUUAUGAAUAAUAUAGUGGAGAUUUCUACUCCGGCUCAAGUCGCUGGCGAAAUGAUUGCGAUGCAUAUUCAACAUCAAGAACAAACUAAGAAAUCUACUUUAUUUUAUUAA